AUGGGCAAGCCACAUGUUCUAGCUGUACCUUCCCCAGCACAAGGCCAUGUAAUUCCUCUGAUGGAGCUUGCCCAGCGCUUAAUCACAGCCGGUUUCAGUGUCACGUUUGUAGACACCGAGUUUGACCACAGACGGGUGACUAAUGCAUUCUCGGAGAAAAAGAGCAUAGGGGAUGAGAUACAUCUGGUUUCAAUCCCGGAUGGGUUGGCGUCCUGGGAGGACAAAAAUGACUUGGGGAAGCUAUGGGAAGCAACCUUUCGAGUCAUGCCUGCAAAGCUUGAGGAGCUCAUAGUCAAGAUUAAUGAAUCAGAUGGUGAUGAGAGUAUGGGUUGGGCCCUGGAAGUUGCCGAGAAGUUGCGAAUCAGGCGAGCAGCCUUCUGGCCUGCAGCAGCAGCGAUGUUGGCCUUGGAAUUCAGCAUCCCCAAGCUAAUUGAUGACAGAAUCAUAAACAAUGAAGGAUAUUAUAUUGGGAAACAACUAUUAAUAAGGUGA